GUGUGGCUCGUGCCUUUUGGAAGUGUCUCCUGCUGCCGGGUGGUGCAGAGAUGCCACAGAGACGGUGCUCUCGAUGAGCUCUGGUUCUGAGACAGCACGGCCGCUCAUCCGGUCUGCUGGAAUCUUCAUCUUAAUUUUUCUGAAACUUUUGUCUUUUGGUCCGAAAUUCGUCCGGAAUGAAUUUGUAUACGGCCUCGGAAGGGCGCCUUCGAGCAGGACUUUGGUCUGCCCCCCGCAGCUCGCAGGUCCCGGCCCAAGGAGCAGUUGGCGGUCGCUCCCCGGCCCACCGGCCCCCGAUGGAGGACGGAGGCCCGCCAGCCUCGGAAGAGGACCCGAGGAGCCAGUGCGGGGGCCCGGCCGCGCAGAGCCCCCCCCAGCCCAGCAAGUCUGUGUCCUCGGCCCACAGACACCCGAGCAGGAGGAAUGGGCUCUCGAAGCUCUGCCAGAGCAGGAUGGCGCUCUCCGGAGACAGAUGGAGCUCCUACUGCCUCUCGUCACUGGCCGCCCAAAACAUCUGCACGGGCAAAGGGCCGUGCCCAGCCCUGGCCGAGCAGGCCAGCCUGGCCGCGCCGCCGGGCAGCACGUCCUGCUGCUCGCUGCUGCGCGGCCUGUCCUCGGGGUGCUCCACGCCCCUGCUCCCGGCCCCCGCCGGCAACCCCAACAAGGCUGUCUUCACAGUGGACCCCAAGACCUCGGAGAUCCUGGUCGCCAACGACAAUGCUUGCCGGCUCCUGGGGCACAGCAGCCACGACCUGAUUGGCCAGAAGCUCACGCAGUUCUUCCUGAAGCCGGACUGCGACGUGGUGGAGGCGCUCAGCGAGGAGCACGUGGAGGCCGACGGCCACGCCGCCGUGGUGUUCGGCACAGUGGUGGAGGUGGUGGGCCGCGGUGGGGAGCGCGUCCCGGUGUCCGUGUGGAUGAGGAGGCUGAGGCAGGAGCCGCGGCCGUGCUGCGUGGUCGUGCUGGAGCCCGUGGAGCGGGUCUCGGCCUGGGUCUGCUUCCAGGGCGACGGCACCGUCACCUCCUGCGACAGCGUCUUCGCCCGGCUGCACGGCUACGAGCGUGAGGACGCGGUGGCCGGGCAGCGCCUCACGGACCUGAUCCCCUCCCUGCAGCUCCCCGUGCCGGGCCAGCGGCUCCCACCGAGCCUUAAGAUUCAGCGGUCUGUCGGCAGAGCCAAGGACGGCACCACCUUCCCCCUGAGCCUGAAGCUGAAACCCACCGGCCGGGCGGAGGAGGCGGGAGCUGGCCCGGCGGCCCCCGAGCCGGGCUACUCGGCGUCCGUCUGGGUGUUCUUCACCAUCAGCGGCCUCAUCACGCUCCUGCCAGACGGGACCAUCUACGGCAUCAACCACAGCUUCGCGCUGAUGCUGUUCGGUUACGGGCGGGCCGAGCUGCUGGGCAAGAACAUCACCUUCCUGAUCCCAGGUUUCUACCACCACAUGGGCCUCGCGUGUGCCGACACCUCGUCUCCCCUGCCGGACCCGGUCAGCCGCCUGGACGCGGGCAGCCUGCGUGGGCCUGGGGGGCUGCCCGGGGACGCCCUGCACAGCUGGACCACCGCUGAGGGGGUUAACGCCCUGCUCGCUGGCGACCCCGUGCGGACGCCGGACAGCCCCACAGAGCCGGAGGAAGGCCAGGACGCCGGCUCGGUGGCCCAGGCCCGAGAGGACACCAGAGACCCGCCCCCUUCUGCACACACACCCCCGCCGAGUCUGGGGGCGGACGGCCCCGCGGAGGAAGGACACCCACCAGCCCGGCGACGGUCGCCGCCCGAGGGCCAGCGGGACAGGGUCCCGGAGGAGCGGGCGCCGGCAGCACCAGGAACACGCGGGCAGGAGCUUUCGGGGGAGUCAGGCAGGUCUGACUCAGCGGACGCGAGGCUGGUCGGUUCUCGUGACGGUCCCGGAGCCCUGGCCCCGGCCAAGGGCAGGAGCGGGGCCGAGGGGCGUGGCCUGUCCCAGGAAGCGCAGCUGCAGGGCAGGGGCGUGAGCGCGCCCAGCCACCCCGGCCAUCGGGCGGACGCAGGGGGGCUGCCUGCGGGGGUGGGCCUCCCGCUGCUGCACCCUGGGCCCCAGCCUGGGCUCAGCACGCCCCAGGGGCGCCCAGACGCAGCGCCUCGCCCGCCGGAGACGGCCCGGCUCUCGCAGCCUGCCGCGGAGGAGCCGUGGCGGGGGACGCAGGAGGACAGGGAAGAGCUGCAGGCCUGCCUGCUGAAGGAGCAGCUGUCCCGGCUGAGCCUUGGGGGCCCUCAGGGUGUCCCCCCCGCCGAGCGGCUCCUGGCCGCCCCCGUGUUGCUGUGCGACCUGGGGGACGGGGACCUGCUGGGCAGCCGCUCCGGCAGCUCCUCGGCCUGCUACGCCCUCGCCACAGACCUCCCCGGCGCCCCGGACGCCGCGGAGGCCCCGGAGGCCGAUGGGACCACGUUUUCCUGGGACCCCAAGGACCUGUUUUUCGGCAAAUGGACAGACCGGACUUCCUCCGACUGCUCCUGCGCCUCGUCCGAGGGCGUGGGGACCGCCGCUGCUUCCCUGGCGGGCUCCGAGGGGGACCUGAGCGCCGGGCCCGGGCCCCGGGCCGAGGACCUGGACGACAGGGAGCUGUCGCUGCUGACUGGCACCUAUUUCAACUUCGGCGAGGGCCGGCGGUUCCGGGAGACCCACCUGGACCUCGAUCGGACAGAACCAUCUGACACCUUGGAGCGAGACCAUGAGAGCGGCAGGCAGAGUCCUGGCGGCGCCUGCUCCGGGCUGGGCGCCGUCCCUGCGGACACACGCCCGUCGGGGGAGCCCUGGCUGGGCAUCCAGGUCACCUCCACGCCCGUGAGAGGGGACGGCUCGGGGACGCCCAAGGCCCCCAGCCCACAGCAGCGGGAGAUCCUGGAGGGCACCUACGCCGGGAGCUGCUGCCACCGCGACGGCUCGCUGCUGAGUGUGCAGUUCCAGGUGAAGCGGGUGGAGCUGCGAGGCCCCGCCCCCCUGUUCUGCUGCUGGCUGGUGAAGGACCUUCUGCACGGGCACCAGGCCUCGGCCACGUGGACCCACCUGCUGCUGGCCAGCCCGCCCGGCGCCGCGCGCUCCGUGUGCGAGCACCCGGGGCCCAGCCUGGGGGAGGUGCUCCGCAGCCGGCCGUGGUUUGAGGAGCCCCCCAAGCCGGGCGAGCUGGAGGGGCUGGCGGCCUGCGAGGGCGCCUACUCCCAGAAGUACAGCACGCUGAGCCCGCUGGGCAGCGGGGCCUUCGGCUUCGUGUGGACCGCGCUGGACAGGGAGCAGAACAAGGAGGUGGUGGUGAAGUUCAUCAAGAAGGAGAAGGUCCUGGAGGACUGCUGGGUCAGGGACGCCGAGCUGGGGAGAGUCACCUUGGAGAUCGCCAUCCUGUCCAGGGUGCGGCACCCCAACAUCAUCAAGGUCCUGGACGUGUUCGAGAACCAGGGCUUCUUCCAGCUGGUGAUGGAGAAGCAUGGCUCCGGCCUGGACCUCUUCGCCUUCAUCGACCGCCACCCCAGCCUGGACGAGCCUCUGGCCAGCUACAUCUUCCGGCAGCUGGUGUCGGCGGUGGGGUACCUGCGCUCCAGGGGCAUCCUGCACCGGGACAUCAAGGACGAGAACGUCGUCAUCGCCGAGGACUUCACCGUCAAGCUCAUCGACUUCGGCUCCGCCGCCUACCUGGAGCGGGGCAAGCUGUUCUACACCUUCUGCGGGACCAUCGAGUACUGUGCGCCCGAGGUCCUCAUGGGGAACCCCUACGAGGGGCCGGAGCUGGAGAUGUGGUCGCUGGGAGUCACGCUGUACACGCUCAUCUUCGAGGAGAACCCCUUCUGUGAGGUGGAGGAGACCAUGGAGGCCGCGCUCAGCCCCCCGUACCUGGUGUCAGAAGAUCUCAUGAAGCUCAUUGCUGGGCUGCUGCAGCCUGUCCCUGAGCAGCGUGUCACCUUGGAGAAGCUGGUGACAGACCCCUGGGUGACACAGCCCGUGAACCUUGCUGACUAUACCUGGGAGGAGGUGUGUGGGAGCCACCAGCCAGAAAGCGGAGUUCUGUCCUUUGAGAGCCUGGAGGUGGAGAGCAGGAGCCCCAGCGAAGCUGCUCAGCAUCCGGAGCGUGAGGCCUCGCGCCCCGGGGCACCCCCUAAUGGGCCGUCCACUCAGGGAAAGUAGUUCUCAAGAUUGGGCCCAAUUCCCCUGAAAACUCGUGUGAGUUUGAUAAAGGCCAGAACAAAAGCCAGUGAUGCUGUGUCAUUUUAGGGUUAUAAAGCAGACGUGGAGUUCAUGUUUUCAUAACCCAGAAAAAAACAUUGUGUUCAAAGGAAUUUUGAGUCUGUGAACUUCUGAGAGGUUUAGAAGCAUUUUUAAAUCCUUUCCUUUGUAUAUAUGCAUGUGUUUUGUUUUCUCUGGCCCAGUGUAUGUUUGCUCUGAUAGGUAAAAUUUGUAGAAGUAACGACCAGGGUAUUUCGCUAAUUUAUUUCCUUGAACAUUUUUCCAAAUUAAAGCACUU